AUGGCAUACCGGCAAUGGAAUGGCGGGGGAUAUCCAGGUCAGCAAGGAGGGUAUCCAAAUCAUCAAAGGGGAUUUUCUGGUCAUCAAGGAUUUUCGAGCCAGCACGGCGGUUAUCCAGGACAACAAAGAGAAUAUUCCGGACCUUAUGAAAACCAGGGCGGACCGCCAGGAGGACAUAACGGCCCCAGCUACCACGUUCCUCCGCCACAGUUUGCGCCUCCACAAGGGAUCAACCACUACGGCCAACCAGUGAAUCAUGGACGCCCCCCCUUUCAUGGCCAUAGAGACGUCCCUAGUGCGCCACAACAAUUUGGGCAAGGAGCCCCGGCAGGCUAUACAUUCCAAUACUCGAAUUGUAGCGGUCGGCGCAAGGCGCUCCUAAUCGGCAUCAAUUAUAUUGGUCAGAAGAAUGAGUUGCGUGGUUGUAUAAAUGAUGUCAAGAAUCUAUCAGCCUUCCUGAUCGAGCGUUAUAACUACAAGUAUGAGGAUAUGGUCAUAUUAACAGAUGAUCAAUCCGAUGCUGUCAGACAUCCGACAAAGGCGAACAUAAUACGUGCGAUGGGGUGGCUAGUCCAGGGGGCCCAGCCAGGCGACUCUUUAUUCCUACACUACUCUGGACAUGGAGGGCAAACCGAGGAUUUGGACGGCGACGAGGAUGACGGAUUUGACGAAGUCAUUUACCCAGUCGAUUUUCAAACAGCGGGCCAUAUUGUAGAUGACAAUAUCCAUGAUAUGUGCGUGAAGCCCUUGUUGCCUGGUGUUCGACUCACGGCCAUCUUCGACUCCUGCCAUUCAGGCACUGCAAUGGAUCUACCCUAUGUAUAUUCGACAAAGGGAGUAUUGAAAGAGCCUAACCUCGCAGCCGAGGCCGGGCAGGGCGCCUUGGCCGCAUUUUCAGCAUACGCAAGCGGCGACAUAGGCGGAGUGAUAUCGUCAGUGAUGGGGUUCGCCAAGAAAGCAAUGAAUGGCGACGAUGCAUACAAUAAGACGAUGGCGACAAAGACUUCCCCUGCCGAUGUGAUUAUGUUUUCUGGUUCCAAGGACGAUCAAACCUCCGCAGACGCCAUGAUUGCAUCCGAAGCUACUGGCGCUAUGAGCUGGGCCUUUGUUACUGCUUUGAAGCAGAAUCCUCAGCAAACCUACGUUCAAUUACUCAACAGUAUUCGGGAAGUGCUUGAAACAAAGUACACGCAGAAGCCGCAGUUGAGCUGCAGCCACCCCUUAGAUACCAAUAUACUGUUCAUUAUGUAA